AUGGCGGGCAUGCUGAACCUGCCGUGCGAGCUACUCAUCCAAAUCUUCCGAGACCUUGGCGCUGAUCUUAAGGUCUACUCGGCCAAGGAGCGGCAGACGGAUCUUGCGCGACUUGCGACGGUGUGCCGAGCAUUCCAUGCUGCAACAGUACCCCUCCUGUACGGCGACGCCGUCACCUGCCGCAGCGCCGGCCGAACCUACCUUCUCGACCGCUCCCUUCUCGCCAAUCCUGAUCUUCGCCCGCUCGUCCGCACGCUCGUCAUGAAGUCCGAACUCGACAACGGCCACGUCUCGUCCCUCACGUCUGUCCUCCGACAUACGCCGUCCCUCGAGAGCCUUGCGCUCGCGAGCUGCUUCUUCGAAGGCGACUCUGGCUUUUCGCCCCUUUUUCCCACACUCUUGUCCGCCACGCAUAUCCAGCACUUCGCAUACGGGUCCGGCAGUCGACUUGAUAGGCUCGUCGCCGCCCAGCGCAUACUGCCGCGAUGGACGCAACUGCGGAGCCUUCGCCUCCACCGCGUCGACCCGCAGGACCUCGCCCUCGUCCAUCCCGCACCUACUUAUCGACUCGAGGAGUUCUCGCUCGACAACUCGGGCGCACUCCUUCCCGAGAAUGCCCACAGCUGCAGCCUGAACGACCUCCUCUGGCUCGUCGGAUCACCCGGCGCUCUCGAGUCAUUCUCGCUCGUCCACCUUGCCCUUCACUCCGACGCCUUAAAACUGGUCACUCGCCUUGUCGAGCAAGGGCAUGCUACAACGCUGUCCCGGCUGACGUUGCUCGGCAUCCGGCCGACCCUGCCGCUCGUCGAACGGACAUUACUCGAUCCAAACGACUUGGCGCCGCUCUUUCCCAGACUUGCGUAUCUCGAGUUGGCGGAUUACAACCACAACUUUGGGGUACAUAUCGAGCAUCCACAUCUCCACUUCGCGAUCCCUUCUACCCUUCGGACCCUCGUCCUGCACGACCCACUCGACCAGCAUUUCUACUUGCCUCAAUCCCUUGCGCGCCAGCGACCAACCAAUCUGCGGAACGUCAAGAUCAUAGGGGCAUACCCUACUGCAUCACAUUCGAGGCGCCUUCAAUCGUUGUGUCACGAUCUAGGUAUUGCGUUCGAGGUGGAGCGGAACUUCUGA